GGAACUGAGUAAAGUUAAGAUCCUGCCCCUCACAGGAAAUAAUUUGGUCAAUCCAGGAUGUGUGAAUAUGUCUGACAGUAAAACCACCGAGAACAUGAAGUGGAGGCUGAUUUUCUUCAUCUUCAUCUGUGGUCUCUACGGGUUGUGUGUCAUGGACCGCUCAGUGGUCUACAGAGCCAAAGAAAACAACAACAUCACCAUCAAAUGGAGCAUUGAGAUGAAAACUAAUUUUACUCUCAUCAACAUGAUGUGUGAAAUGUACACUGACACUGUUAAGAUUGUAUACGAAACAAUAAGAGGUUCUCAAAAGUCUGCGGAUGAGCAGUUUGCAGGACGGGUUCAUUUUGACGUAGACUCUCCCAGAGAAGCAAAGAUCAAACUCCAUCUGUCCAGACUCAAAGUAGAAGACUCUGGGCACUACUGCUGUUACCUGAAUGCUGACUAUGACGACAAGGCUUGGCGGUGGCGACUUCAAAUGACAGAACAGUUUGUUCUGAAUGUUACGACUGCAGGAAAUGAUCCAUCAAGCAACACCACUGGCUACCCUACCACUCCAGAUGCUGAAGACCCUUUAAGAAAAAGCAACCGAGGCCAAUGGGGAAUAUUGAUUUCAGUCUUUGGACUUUUAUUGGUUGUGGUGGUUUUGUACUGUAUAGCUCGAACUCAAAGGUAGAUGAAGAUCAAAAUCUGCACAAACUACCCAAAGGAGUGGGAACUCCGUCAGUCCUGCGUAAAACAGUUCAAUCACAAAACUAAUUUGAUUUUUGUGAGGCAAUGGGGUGGAAAUUCCAUCUCUCUGUUCCACCCUCUGCCUCACCUGGCAUUUUUAAUGAGAUCACCUUCAGAGGAGUGAGUGUCUCUGUGGCAUGUGCCUCUACACCCUCUAUAGCUAAAUGGUGUGAACUAGACAUGUCAGCCUCCAUGAGUUAAAACAGUUCUUAGUAAUGGUGUUUAUGAUGCGUCUUAGGAUAUACAUUUAGAGACUGGUUAUAUAUACUAAGCCUUUAAACCGACCUAGGAUAGCAGACACACAGAUCACACCAGCUCUGAUUACCUAACGGAAACUGUUUUUCACCUUAUACUUAGAAGCUUGUCUAAAGUGUCGUUUUUGACAGCCAUCUUAGAUUUAAUCUUAGU